AUGUCACCGAUUACACGAAGUAAAACGAGUUCAAUCCGUUGGGGACAUCCAGAUUUUCCAACAUUUCAAGAUUUAGAAAAAGCAUAUAAAAUAGCAUAUCCAAGAAUUCAACAGGAUGCAAUGGAAUUAUUAGAGAUGAAGUUAGAUGAGCAAGAUAUUAGAAAUUUUUAUAAUCCAACGUCACCAGAAUAUUGGUUCAUAAACAAUACGGAAGCAUUGGAAGAAGUGGUUUAUUAUAAAAUGAAAAAGAGAUUGAUUUUACGUAAUAAAGAACAAUUGAUCGCGGCAGGUGUUGAUUUAUCGGAAUAUAGUGACACCGAAAGUGAAUUCGGUGGUGAAUUCCCAUCCAAUCUUGAAGGAUUUUUUGGGGAAGGUGGCAACUUUAGUGAGGAUCAAGAUGAAUCAAACACAACGGCGGUACUUGAUGGGUAUGAUGGUAAUAAUCUCAUUACUAAUCGUAGUCGCAACAUUCGAGAAGUGGCCAUGGUUCAUCAUUCACAUCAUCACGGAAGGGCACAAUUUGUUAACAAUGUAUUAAGUUCAAUUAAUUGUCAAUUUCCGAUGCAUUGGAUAACGAAUCUAACAACGAAGAACAUACGUCAGAAAAACCUAAUUAAAGGUAAAUUACAGGUUACGGUGAAAGCUCAAGUACAGGAAUUUAUUGAUCAGGAAAUUUCUCGGGUAUCAAAAGGAUUAAUGGAGAAUACUGAUGAAGAUAAUGAUUUCAUUGGAUUCGUACGCACGCAAUUAAGUGAAGUGUUUCAAGAACAGUUGGAAAAAUUCAUGGACGUUGGAUCGGGAGCGGAUUUUGCCUUAUAUACCGGAGGGGCAAGGAUAAUCCAUAAAUUAACUUCAAAGAAUUAUGAAUUAAGACCAAAUAAGCCCUAUCAAAAAUUAUUGAGGUUAGGUGGAUUCGUCAAUAAUGUCAAGAGUAAAAAUCCUGAGAUCGUUAUUUCACCAAAUGUUAACGUGGGGGAAUGUUGGUGUUUUAAUGGUACAAAUGGACAAAUCACCAUUAAAUUAUCUAGAAGUAUCAUAUUCACUCAUAUCAUAUAUCAUCACAUUAGCAGAGAUGUCUCAAUUGAUCCUAUAUUAUCCGCUCCGAAAGAAUUUGAAUUAUGGGGUUUGCCAACAUCCAUUUCGAAGACGGGAGACAAUGAGAAUUCCCUGGAAAUAUUUAAGAAAGAUUAUAAAGUUUUCCUUGGAAAAUUUCAAUAUGAUAUUAACGGUCUACCCAAGCAAAAAUUUAUUUUACCUGAUUCCAUUGCCAAAUCCCAAUCAAAUAAACGUAUCAGUGCUAUCAUGAUGAAAGUUCUCAACAAUCAUGAGAACCCUCAAUUCACUUGUUUAUAUCGUCUACAAGUUCACGGCGCUAUGCCUCAUUAA